AUGGACCCUGAUCCGGCGCCGACGAGCCCAGCCGGGGGCGCCGCGGCGGGGGCUUCGCCGCCGCCGUCGUCGCUGAUCUUUCUGGGCACGGGCUGCUCCGGCGCGCUCCCCGACGCGCGAUGCCUCAUCCAGCCGUCCGCGCCGCCGUGCGCCGUCUGCUCCACGGCCCUCUCCCUGCCGCCGGACCGGAACCCCAACUACAGGUGUAACACCUCCCUCUUGAUAGAUUAUUGCCAUGGCAAUGGAACUCACAAGUACAUUCUAGUCGAUGUGGGCAAGACCUUUAGAGAACAAGUUCUCCGGUGGUUUGUGCACCACAAAGUUCCUUCCGUUGAUUCGAUUAUUCUGACUCAUGAGCAUGCAGAUGCUGUCUUAGGCCUUGAUGAUGUUUGGGUGGCACUUCCUUGCAGUGACCAGGUUCCUAUUUUUCUAACCCAAUUCACACUGGACAGUGUUGCAGCAAGAUUCCCCAACUUAGUGAAACAGAACCUGCAGGAAGGCGAUGACUUUACCAGACCUUCUCAACUCAAUUGGAUGAUAAUUGAGGGUGAUGUUGAGAAGCCAUUUGUAGCAUCAGAGCUUGAGUUUUUGCCGUUGCCAGUCAUGCAUGGAGAGGACUAUGUUUGUUUAGGCUUCAUAUUCGGGAGGAAAGAGAGAGUUGCAUAUUUAUCUGAUGUCUCAAGAAUUCUGCCUAGAACUGAGCAUGCAAUUUCGAAGUCUGGUGCCGGGCAACUUGAUCUCCUUAUACUAGAAACAAACAGGUUGCAUGGGGCGGGAGAUGCUCGCAGUUGCCAUUUAACUCUCACCCAAAGUCUUGAUGCUGUCAAAAGGAUUUGCCCUAAAAAAGCUAUGUUGAUUGGAAUGAACCACGAGUUUGAACACCACAGAGAAAACGAGAUGUUGGCGGAAUGGUCUCACAGAGAAGGAAUACCAGUACAGCUAGCUCAUGACGGCCUGCGUAUCUUCAUUGACCUAUAAUAAGGCAUGGCUUGUGGAUCGUAGCGCAAUGUUCAAGGAACACUGUUUUGAUGGCACCUGUGAACAGUUUUGGUGAUACCAUUGCAGAAUACUGCAUCCGUAUCUCCUUUGCUCAGUUCUAAUGGGAAGCCACAGGUGCUUUUUUUUUUUUGCGAAAACACUGGUGCUUAACUCAGUGAUUACUUAGUUUUGUGGCAUAUUCAAACAUGGAAAUAUCAGCUGAGAACUACCAAACAGUUGAAAAAUUUAUAUCUUAGACUUUAAACGACAUACUUUUCUCCAAGAAGUUGUCAUGCUUCGACCCGGGUCAGGACAUGACUUUCAACGACUUUCGGAGUUCAAUGCUCUAGCCGGUCCACCACGAAAAGCUUGACAACUUGUUGAUUUAUGAAUACCGAUAAGAAUUUUUUUUUAGAUGU